AUUUUUAGUUAAUUUUCAAUAAAAAACACAAAUACCCAAACCCCACCACACAGAGCCGACGGAGCUUCUGCCAUGCCGGCGGUGCCGACGCUGUAGGUAUUGACCUAGCCAUCAUCACAGCGCUGCCCCUUCCCUAGGAUUCGACAGCUUGCCGGAGCAUCUCCGCCACCAGUAGGCCGGACCUCAAUUGCUUCCGGAGGCUCUCGGCCUCGAAUCUCUGUGGCGGCGUACCACCUGCUCAAUUGCUUCCAGGGACUCCAUCCCUUUACCGAUAAACGGCGCCGACCGGCCUGAAAUUUCCGGUGAACACGGCGGCUAGUUAAUUCGAGGUCGAUUGAAGAGAGAAAGGGAGAGAGAGAUGGAGUCGAUAAUAAAAAAGUAUCAGCAGAAGUUCAAGAGAUUAAAGGAUGAUAUGAGUCGAUGGGAAGAGCUUCAGUCUCGGCUGCUUAUACAAUUUUCUAAUGCCUCUUCCAUUAUCCAGAGGUUGCAGUUGAUCGAAAAUUCUAGUAACUAUGGGGCUUUGAAAUGUGUUGAGGGCAUAGAGCGUGCUGUUUUGGCGAAGCAAAUGGAGUCCCUGCAAAUCAUCUUGACCUCCAUGAACAAGACCAUGGAAGAAUUUCAUGGGGUUGUCUCUUCUAUUCAGAAGACAGUUCGUGAUAGCAAGCAGCUCGUGAAAGUUGGUUCGUCCCAGAUGACUUCAAAACAACUGAAGCAACAAGUUGGUGUAAAACCAACUCCUGCAUAUUGUUUAGAGGGACUUGGGCUUCUUGAAGAGAUGCAUCAAUCAGAGUACCUUCUUAAGUUAUCUUUAGUAUCUGCUCUCCCAGCUCUUGCGUUGAAACCCAGUGCAAAUGAUGAUCUAGGUGCACUUCAACAACUACUGGUUGAUCAACCUAAUAUUCCUCUUCAGCUCAUAUAUGAUAUUGUAUUUGCUGAAGAAAUCGCUUGAAGUGCUCUGAACAGCCAUCCGCUACCCAAAUAAAUAAAUAAAUAAAUAAAUAAAUAAUU